AUGUUUGCGAAUGCACUCCAUGGAUGGGACUAUGACGUUCCCGGCGGCUGCUACCACACCCGCCUCGUCGCGCCUGACGCAGCCGUCCACCCCUACGUCGAUCGCAUCUAUCUCGCCGUCACUUGCUUCUACACGUUCAUAGUCAUCAUUCUCUCGUUCCCUCCGGCCUUGAUGGCCAACCACCCGUUAUCUCCUCUCCAUAUCUACUCGGCUGUGGCGUUACGGCUCUCCAACGAGAAUUUCCUCGACGGCAACUCGGAGAGGGAGGGACAGGUCAUGGCUCUCAUGCUGGUGGCGGACACCAUCAUCCGAUGUGGAAAGGCCAUCAAUGGAUAUGCGAUAGAAGAGCGGACCACCCCCUCCCCCCCCUAA